GCAAUUGAAAUAGACCGUAGAAAGUAUUUUUUAUAAAAUAAAAAAUAAAACAUAAAAAUAUAGUAGCAGCCAGUAUAAGCGCCGAACACACGCUGAAUGCAUGUGCGACGGCGUCGUUUCAGCGGCGCAUCCACAUCAAUUUCCCUUCACCUUCACCUCCACCUCCACCUCCAUCUCCAUCUGCAAACCCUAAAUCCCCAAAUCGAAUUUUCCCCUCCGCCAUGGAUCAAUCCCUCCUCCUAAUGCUCUCCAACCUCCUCCACCUCCACAACUACCUCGACCCCACCACCUCCCCCCUCCUCUCCCCCUCCUCCUCCUCCUCCUCCGCCUCCUCCUCCUCCGCCGCCCCCCUCCUCUUCUUCACCCUCGCCUCCGUCCUCUCCUACCUCGCCUCCCACCCCCCCGCUCCCCCCAAAAAACGCCCCCCCCCCUCCAAACCCCCCUCCCCCCCCUCCUCCGAAUUCUCCGUCGCCGCCUUCCGCGCCCUCUCCACCGAACACAUCUGGACCAUGGAGGCCCCCCUCCGCGACGCCCAAUGGCGGUCCCUCUACGGCCUCUCCUACCCCGUCUUCACCACCGUCGUCGAGAAACUCAAACCCUACAUCACCCAGUCCCAGCUCUCCCUCCCCUCCGACUACGCCGUCGCCAUGGUCCUCUCCCGCCUCGCCCACGCCCUCCCCCUCAAAACCCUCGCCGCCCGCUACUCCCUCGACCCUUACCUCAUCUCCAAAAUCACCAACAUGGUCACCCGCCUCCUCGCCACCAAGCUCUACCCGGAGUUCAUCAAAAUCCCCGUCGCCCGCCGCCGCAUCCUCGACACCACCCAGGCCUUCCACGAGCUCACCAACCUCCCCAACAUCUGCGGCGCCAUCGACGCCGCUCCCGUCAAGCUCUCCAGAACCCCCUCCCCCCCCACCCCACCCUCCUCCCCUUCCUCCUCCUCAUCAUCCGCCUCCUCCUCUGGCGCCGACGCCGGAAUGAUCUUCAUUUCCAAGCACGGCUACCCCUCCCUCCUCCUGCAGGUCGUCGCCGACCAUAAGAAGAUCUUCUGGGACGUCUGCGUCAAAGCCCCCGGGGGCUUCGACGACGCCACCCAUUUCCGCGACAGCCUGCUCUACCACCGGCUGAUCACCGCCGACGUCGUCUGGGACACCACCAUCCCCGUCAGGGGGCAGGCCAUCCGCCCCUACAUCGUCGGGGACUGGUGCUUCCCGCUGCUGUCCUUCCUGCUCACGCCCUAUACUUACAAUAGGUCCGGCAACCCCGUGCAGAACGCCUUCGACGACGCUUUGAUGAAGGGCCGGAAGGCCGCGGCCGAGGCCAUUGGGCUGCUCAAAGGGAGGUGGAAGAUCCUGCAGGACUUGAACGUCGGCCUCAACCAUGCGCCGCAGACGAUCGUCGCCUGCUGCGUUUUGCAUAAUCUGUGCCAGGUGGCGAGGGAGCCGGAGCCGCCGGAGAUUUGGAAGGAGCCGGAGGAGAGCGGGCAGCCGGCGCGGGUGCUCGAGAAUGAGAAGUCGUGCCACUAUUAUGGAGAGAGCUUAAGGCAGUGUUUGGCCGAUGAUCUUUACCAGCGCCUCUCGUCGCGAUGAUGAUGAUGAUGAUGAUUAUGGCUGAGGUUUGCAAUGUUGCAUGUCUGAUGUGAAUUUUCGAAUGAAUGGUUUUCGGUUGGUUGGGUAGUUCUAUGUUUUAGAUAGAUUUGUGGGCCUUUCUACUUACUACUACCUAGCUGUAUAACAAGGAAAGAUAAUGUAGUAAAAGCUCGAAAAUACUUAUCUAUGUUUACUUGUUUUGAAAUGAAUUUCGCGUGCCUCGAAUGCUCCAGCCUGUAAGAACGUAGUUGGGGUAUCUGAAGCACCAUUAUUACAUUUGAAUCUGCAUUAGAAAAUAAGAAUUGAGGUGAAUUCUUGCGUGAUGAACGAACAAUGACCAGUUGCGAAGAACGUCUCACAGUAGUAGAAGUUAAUUCGCCUCUUGAAGACAGCGUUGGUGGAUUGGCCGGACAACAAUUU